UCUUCUAAAGUUCUUUCCAGGCGUAUUAUAGCCACUACCCUUUUAAUUCUUAAUCAUCAAAUUCAUUAAAACCCUCUCUUUCUCUCUCUUCAUUCCAUAAGUACAUGCAAAAUGAAUAAGGAAAUUUAUUGCAAUUAAUCAGUAAUGAAGUCUCCUCCCCAAUCUCAGAGCCCUCCUCACCAAUAUCCUCAAGAAAUCCAGCUUAAGCUAUAUCAAGCUUUUAUAUUUUCAAUUCCAAUCCUUUUCUCAAUCAUUUUAUUUCUCUUAUUCUACCUUUUUUACCUCAAGAGAAGAGCCAACUCCUCUUCUUCCGCCGCCGCGCCUCCUCUUCUCCCCACCGCCGCCGCCGCCGAUGCUACUACGCCGUUGGAUUUGAAAGUUGAAGUGAAGAACAUGCUAUGCCAAAUCCUCUACGAUGACUCUAUGAAAUCAAGGGAUUCAUUGUGUUGUGUUUGCUUGGGAGAGUUCGAGUUGAAAGAGGAGCUGCUUCAAGUGCCGGUAUGCAAGCACAUUUUCCACGUGGACUGCAUCCGCCACUGGCUCCAUAACCACUCUACUUGUCCACUAUGUAGAGCCCCCGUUGCGCCCGCCUCUGUUGAUAACUCGAAGCCGCGACUCCCCGACGCCGCUCCCACGCACCAACACCAUAUAACCAUAACAUCUGAGGGAUCAACAAGUAUUGUUGCUUAGUUGGUGAGGCUGAUGAUAAGCAUACAUUAAACAGUAGAUAGUUAAUUAUGUUGUAAUUGCAAAAAUCGAAUGCAUGCACGACUCCUACAAAGGUAGUAGUCGUUCAAUUUUGAGAUACAAAAUAAAACUAAUAUACUAGUUUUUAAUUAAAAUUAAAAGUAA